UGUACACGUCACUUCCGCUACUUCGUCAUCACCCGGGCGACAGUUUCCUCAGGCCGCGAGCGGUUGUUGAAGCGAAUCACCUCGUUUGAAAAUUAUGGCGCCAUCACCCACAAAGCGGAAGGAAGAGGAAAAAACAAAAGACAGAGGCAAAGAAAAGACCGGUACAAAGGAAGGAGACAAGGAGAGAGGACGGGAUAAGGCAAGGAAACGCCGCAGUGCCUCCACCGGCAGCAGCAGCAGCAGGUCCAGAUCUAGCUCUACUUCGAGCAGCAGCUCCGGUUCUAGCUCCGGUUCCUCAAGUGGUUCCAGCUCAUCCGGCUCCAGCCGCUCCGGCUCUUCAAGCUCCCGUUCCUCCUCCUCUUCCAGCUCCUCAGGCUCCCCCAGCCCCAGCCGACGACGCCAUGACAACCGCCGCCGCUCCCGUUCGGCGUCCAAAACACAGAAGAGAGGAGAGGAUAAGGAGCGAAGGAAAAGAAGCCCAAGCCCCAAACCGACUAAAGUUCACUUAGGGCGGCUGACCAGAAAUGUCACCAAGGACCACAUCCAGGAGAUCUUUUCCACUUAUGGAAAAAUCAAAAUGGUGGACAUGCCAUCGGACAGAGUCCACCCACACCUGUCCAGGGGCUACGCUUACGUGGAGUUUGAGACUCCCGAGGAGGCUCAGAAGGCCCUCAAACACAUGGAUGGAGGUCAGAUCGAUGGACAGGAAAUCAGUGCAUCUGCCGUGCUGACUCAGCGUGUCCGCCCUCCACCCCGUAGACCAUCCCCCCCUCGCAGAAUGCCCCCACCACCUCCUAUGUGGCGUCGCAGUCCACCUCGCAUGAGGAGAAGGUCUCGCUCCCCGAGGAGGCGCUCCCCAGCACGGCGUCGCUCUCGCUCCAGAUCUCCUGGUCGAAGGCGUCACCGCUCUCGCUCCAGCUCUAACUCCUCCAGAUAGACGAGUUUCCUGCCUCCUGACACAAAGUGAUCUUUAAGAUUCUCUGAUGCCAGAUCGGCUCCUGUUUUCCCAGAUCUCACGGACUCGUCAGAAAUAAAAUCAUCUGCGCUGUAGUCAACAUAAACAUCUGCCUGCAUGUAGGAAGUGGAUUUUUUUUUUUUUUUCCUGUGCAAAUGUGAGUUUCUUUUCAUGUUUUGUGUUUGGUUGAUCCUGAAAAGCUGUCUCACUAUUAAUGUUGUGUUUCAAGCUGAGUCUGGGCUCCACUGAGAUCUACAAAUGUUUCUUUUUAAGUUCAACUUCUUUUUACCAUGUACUGAAUUUUUAGACAUUUUGAAAAAUAAAAAUGCUGAAACAUGCAA